AAAACGCUGACGUCAUUUUCAGUUUAUAACCUGUGGUAAAAUGUGUAUGAACCAGUACUCUCUUGAAUUAAACGCUGUUACCUAACUUUUAAGACCGGGGCUCUGUCCAUUCUUAGAAAAUAUAGGGUCGUACAAACCCUUUGAAUGCAUUGACAGAGUGUUUAAUUUUGAUUGGAAAUUAAAACAGAGGAAUUUAGAAUUCCUUCAACAGUUGUUCCUAAGUUGAGAGGGGAUUUUAUUAGAGGAGGAGUACUUGGAAGACCAGCAUGAAUGGGUGGCAGACGAGGGUGGCAAGGUUGAGAUCAGACAAGGAAGACCCUCAUUGGGGAAGAGGUCAGUGAUUGAAGUGGAGGGGGUGCCAAGAGAGUUCAGGCUCUGAACCAAAUAAUAGCCAGUAUAGUAAACUGCAUACAAUAUACAUUGAGGUACAAUCUGAUUGACAGCAUGGCCAAUGUCUUCAAACUUUUCUAGCCCACCUCAUGGGUCUCCCAGUCACCGCUGGCUGUAACACAGCCUAGGAUCAAAUCCGGGGCUGAAGUGAAUUUGCAAUUUCCAACUUGUUGUGUAAUGUUUAUGGUCGAUAAGCACCGAUAAGUUUUAUCUAUAAUCUCUUUAUAUGACAAGGGUUGAAAAGAAUUUGCCAGUAGAUUGCUGACUUCAUGCACGAUGAUGAUUGCUUGUCUAGCUUACUAGCUAAGAUUUUUAAAGUAAAAUGUUGACAUGAUCAGUCCAAUCAAAGCGACGGUAGAUAUUUUAUCUGUGGCCAAUGAUGGGCACUUGUAAUAUAAGUCUAUGGCAUGAAUUUUCAAGCUCUACCCAUAGAUUUUGCGGCGAUGUAGUGUCCCCAUGAGUGACAGAACACUGAGCCAACAAGAGAAUAUUACCAACACCUACAUUCCGUAUUUUAUGUUUGUAUGUGGCUUUAACUAAAUGAUCAUUUUUUAAAUAUAUAUUUUUUACAUUGUUUGCAAACUGAUAUGUGACAUGUAUUAAUGCCAAAAUAACAUGCAAAACAGGUGGGGCUCAAAACUUGGGAGGCUCUGCCCCACCUGCCCUGAAUGACGCAUUGCCACUGCUAAUAUAUGGUGGUGAAGUUCUCUGCUCAGCUGACAGAAACAGGAGAUACAGGAGUCCAUUCUGUUCCAAGAAGGGUACCUUGGCUCUCCUCUAUGUACAGCACUCUGGGGACUUUCUGCAGUUGUUCUCAGGAGAACAGCGAGGCAGAGGACACCAAGUUUGGACCAAUUAUGUUAACGUCCCACUUUAAGAACCUGGAGAUCUUCACUGGUUCUGAGGGAGGUGACUUGGCCACAAACUGUACCUGGGACACCUUCCAUCGCUACCACUGUCUGAAAAACAGCCACAGGGUGGUCAAGACAUCUGCUGCAACUUCAUCUUUAGUGUGUCAGCUCUGCUGCACCUGGGAGCUACAGAGUCAAGCGAGCAUGAGGACAAGAGCACGGAUGUGUCUGAGGAGGUGUCUAUGAUGGAUGUCCUCACCCUUCCCCCUCCCUUCACUGAGCCCCCCACAGAGGGUGAGGAGUCCCCCGAGCGGGAACCCCCCAAAUCGCCCCCCAAACUCCCCAAAGGAGAUGAGGAGGAACUGGGACCCCUACCCGACAACUGGGAGAUGGCCUACACUGAGAAAGAAGAGGUCUACUUCAUAGAUCACAACACUAAAACCACAUCAUGGCUGGAUCCUCGGCUGGCAAAGAAGGCCAAACCACCUGAGGAGUGCAAAGAGGACGAACUGCCGUAUGGCUGGGAGAAGAUCGAUGACCCUAUCUAUGGCAGUUACUACGUAGACCACAUCAACAGAAGGACUCAGUUUGAGAACCCUGUCCUGGAGGCCAAGAGACGACUGGAGCAGCAGAUGCAGAACCAGGGACUGUCAGCUCUGCCUUUACCUACUAUAUACAGAGAGAAGCCCCCAUUCACGAGGGACCCCACCCAGCUGAAGGGCUCCUUUCUGUCCACGGCUCUCCAGAAGAGCAACAUGGGCUUUGGCUUCACAAUCAUUGGAGGGGAUGAACCGGAUGAGUUCCUGCAGGUCAAGAGUAUCAUACCCGAGGGCCCUGCUGCACAGAACCAGAAGAUGGACACAGGUGAUGUCAUCGUCUACAUCAAUGACAUCUGCUGCCUGGGCACCACUCACGCCGAUGUGGUCAAACUCUUCCAAUCUGUUCUCAUUGGACAAAGCAUCACCCUGGUCCUCUGCCGGGGCUACCCCCUGCCUUUUGACCCCGAGGACCCCAGCGGGGCAUCCGCCGGAAACUCCCUGACCCCCAUUGGCAUGGAACACCACCCCAUGGUGGUGAACGGGCGUAGCAGCUACAACCAUUACCUGGAGUACCUCUCCCUGAGCUCUCAGCUCCCUUCGCAGGCUCUAGCCCAGCCUGGGGCACCCCACCCUGGGGACACCCACCUGGAUGGGUCCUCAUUACCGCUCACCAACCCCGGGUCCGCUCCGACCGUGACGCCGCGCGACGACAAUGUCUCCAUGGUGUCGUCAGGGGCGACGGGGAUCACCGGGGGCGUGAUCCAGGGGGCGGAGCUGCUGACGGUGACUAUGGUGAAGAGGGCAGAGGGGUUCGGGUUCACCAUCGCCGACAGCCCCACGGGGCAGCGGGUCAAACAGGUGUUGGAGCCGGUUGUGCAGGACGGAGUGAGUCUGAAUGAAGGAGACCUGAUCCUGGAGGUGAACCAGCAGGGUGUGGUGGGGGCAAGACACGGCCGUGUGGUGGAGCUGCUCAAAGAGUGUCCUGUCGGAGCCGAGGCCACGCUACUCAUACAGAGAGGAGGAGGGGAAGGUCACCUCUCUCCAUGGAAGACCUCCAAACAGAUACCAGAGCAGUGGGACCCCCAUGGAAGUCCCCAGACUUGCUUGUCAGCCCCAGUGCUUCCCACGGGCACACCCUUCUCUACCCAGCCACAGCAUCACAUCUCAGUCCCCGACUCCACGGAGGGCUUCGACCUCAACAAACCCGACCCAUAUGACCUCUAUGAGAAGUCCAGGGCCAUCUACGAGAGUAGACGUCCAGAGUACCAGGAGGUGGAAGUUCACCUGUUGAGGGAGAAGACUGGGUUUGGCUUCCGCAUCCUGGGGGGAGACGAGGCCGUGCAGGCUGUGAGUCCGGACGCCCGCGACAAGAUUGUGAUUGGGGCGAUCAUAGAGAACACUCCUGCAGAGCGCGAUGGACGUCUUCGACCUGGGGACGAGCUCAUCUCCGUGGAUAAAAUGGUGGUUGCUGGGAAACCACACAGAUACGUGAUCGACCUGAUGCACGCCGCUGCACACAAUGGUCAGGUCAGCCUGAAGGUCCGGAGGAGAGUCCACUUCUUCAGUGAGGUGUUAGGGGUGAACGGCCGUAGCCCUGGCUACGUGUCCACGCAGCACAAUUCCCCGCUCAGCGACGUCGCCUCAGCUUCCUGUCCCGUAACCCCCGGCAAUGUCCCGCCACCAUGCACCACCUCCCCUCUGGAGGGCACCGUCCCCCUGCAUACUAGUGAUGUCAUCAUCCACCGCAAAGAGAACGAGGGCUUCGGCUUUGUCAUCAUCAGCUCGCUGAACCGACCGGAGAACACAGCUGUCAUCACUGUGCCCCACAAGAUUGGGCGUAUCAUUGAGGGCAGCCCAGCGGAUCGCUUUGGCUGCCUGAAGGUUGGCGACCGGAUCCUGGCCGUCAACGGGCAGUCCAUCAUCAGCAUGCCCCACGCCGACAUCGUCAAGCUCAUCAAAGACGCCGGACUCAUCGUCACCCUGCACAUCAUACCGGAGGAAGAUCCCCACUCGAGGCCCAGCUCAGAUAAGCAGAGCCCCAUGACCCAGAAACACAGCCCCCAGGCCCAGCCAAGCCCCAUAGUCAACCAGCCCAGCCAAGGAGCAUCCCAGCCGGGUCAUGCACCAGCCCAGCUGGGACAAACAACCACCACCCAGGAAGGCCCAGCACCACCAGCUCUGCCCGGCCAAACACCAGACCAGCCAGGCCAAGAACCAGCAGCAGCCACACAGCCUACCCCAGGAGCGGACGCCCAGCCCAGCCCGGCAGGCACCCAGCAGAGCCCGGUCGCCCAGCCACCCGGCCACCCUCCCCCGCUCUACCUCCACGACGGCAGGUCAGAGGUGAAAGCCAGGCAGGACGUGAAACCGGAUAUCCGCCAGCCUCCGUUCACCGACUACCGGCAGCCCCCUGUCGACUACCGGCAUCCUCCGGUGGCUGAUUACCGGCAGCCGCCCACACUGGAUUAUCGUCACCCUCCUCCCCUCAUCGACUACAGACAACACUCGACAACACUCGCUGCACAGUUCCCUCUUGCACAGUUUCCACCUGACUUCAGACCACAGAACUUUGACUACUUCACGGUAGAGCUGGAGAAGAGUGUGAAGGGUUUUGGCUUCAGUAUUCGUGGGGGACGGGAGUACAAGAUGGAUCUGUUUGUUUUGCGGCUUGCAGAGGAUGGGCCAGCCAUCCACAAUGGCAGAAUGAGGGUGGGGGAUCAAAUCAUUGAGAUAAAUGGUGACAGUACCCGGGACAUGACUCAUGCCCGGGCCAUUGAGUUGAUCAAGGCGGGGUGCAGGCGGGUGAGACUGUUGCUAAAGAGAGGCACGGGACAAGUGCCUGAGUAUGGUGGGUCUCCCCCCAAAUAAACCCCCAUCUUAAUUUUUUUCUCUCUCUUUCCCUCUCUCGCUUUAUAAUUUUUCUCUCUCUAUAGAGAGAGAAUAUAUCUUUGUGCAUAUAUCUUUCUUUCUCAAUCUCUUUUUGGUUGACAAUCUCUCUCUUGUGCUAGUCUAAAAAAAAUGUCUCUCUUGUUUCCCAUCAUCGCUCACUCUCUCUAUCUCCUCUCUCUCUCUCUCUCUCUCUCACUCUCUCUCUCUCUCUCUCUGUCUCUGUCUCUGUCUCUCUCUGUCGCUAUCUCUGUCUGUGUUUCAAUAAAAUUCAAGUGCUUUAUUGGCAUGGGAAACAUAUGUUCACAUUGCCAAACCAAGUGAAAUAGAUAAUAAACAAAAGUGAAAUAUACAUUAAAUAAUGAACAGUAAACAUUACACUCACAAAAGUUCCAAAAGAAUAGAGACAUUUCAAAUGUGAUAUUAUGGCUAAAUACAGUGUGGUAACGAUGUGCAAAUAGUUAAAGUAAAAAAGGGAAAAUAAAUAAACAUAAAUAUGGGUUGUAUUUACAAUCGUGUUUGUUCUUCACUGGUUUCUGCUCUGGCACACUGUGGUAUUUCACCCAUAGGGAGUUUAACAGAAUUGGAUUUGUUUUUGAAUUCUUUGAGUCUGUGCAAUCUGAGGGAAAUAUGUGUCCUACCGGCUCGAUUCUGUCUGAUGUAGCAAAAUUUGAAAUUGUGUUUUUACAUUGCAUAAAAGUAGAGACUCAGAGAUAGAAAAUGGUAUAUCAUACACUACAGAUGAGAAACAAUGGGAAGGUAAUUCUGCUUUGGAAGUUGAUAAACUUGUAACCUCACUUUUGGGAAGAUGGCCUUGAAUGUUUUGGUACACCUACUGGAGAGCUCUUCUUUGUCUACACCCAUUCAGUAUCGUUCACACUCUCUUAAGAAUUACCUCAAGAAUUGCCUUAGGCGAAAGGCUCGGCACACGCAUACUCAAGCAGACUAGCUAUCAUUCAGCCAAAUGAGAAAUAAGUGCACUCAGGCUAUCCGGAAGAACAAAGUUAGUUUCUUUAAAGAGCUGGUCUCUCUCUGUGGGUCUAACCCCAAGAAGUUCUG